AUGAAAGCGAGGUCGUGGGGAAGGAUCCCCGUGAUCGCGACCAGUGCGUUGCUGUUUACCUCAGUAACCAACGCGCAAGGCGACGGAAAUUCUGAUUUUGACGUCCUGGAUUAUAUCGAUCCCUUCAUCGGCACAGAGAAUGGAGGUCAUUCGUUUGCUGGGGCGACUUUGCCUUUCGGCAUGGUCAAAGCAGUUGCCGAUACCCAGGGUGAAAACCAAGGCGGCUUUGCCUACGACACAACCCAUGUAACGGGGUUUUCGCAUACCCAUGAUUCUGGGACUGGAGGGGCAUCUUCAAUGGGAAAUUUCCCGAUAUUUGUCCAGCCAAACUGCCCAGGAGCCAACCUAACAAACUGCAGCUGGAACUCGUCGGACAGAGCAAGCGCAUGGAAACGCGACUCCCCGAAGGCACGGCCUGGCUAUUUUAGCAUAUCACUGGAAAAUGGCGUGCAUGCUGAGAUGACGGUGACAAACCACUCUGCUCUCUAUCGGUUUGGUUUCCCUGGUGCAACUGGGAACCUCGAUCCAGUAAUACUUCUCGACAUCAUUGACCUACCGGAAUCAAGGAACAAUGGCACCGCCUCCGUAGACCCAGAUACAGGUCGCUUAACCGGGAGUGGAAACUUCAAUCCCAGCUUCGGACAGGGCACGUACAACCUUCACGUCUGCGUUGACUUCCAGGGGGGCGACAUUCACGAUACUGGUUCGUGGACAAACGCGGCCGCAAAUGUUGGCCAAACUGAUGUAUCAGUCAGCUCAGCACAACCGGCAAAUCAGUUCUCUGCUGGUACGUUUGUCAGGUUCGAUUCCGUACCAGCUGAUGAUGUGAUUACUGCACGCGUUGGUGUGAGCUUCGUAAGCGUUAGUCAGGCCUGCUCCAACGCAGAAAAGGAGCAGCCUGAUUUCGAUUUCGACGGGACUGUUGCUGCCGCCGAGGCUGCGUGGAGGCGCAAGAUGGAUGUCAUGACUGUUGACGCUGCUGGCGUGUCGACCGAACUCCAAACCGUUUUCUGGAGUGGUGCAUACCGCGCAAUGAUUAGCCCCCAGGACUACACGGGGGAAAAUCCACUUUGGGAAAGCGAUGAGCCCUACUACGACAGUUUCUACUGCAUAUGGGAUUCGUUCCGCGGAAUCCAUCAGCUGCUCACGCUGGUAGAUCCUAUUUCGCAGUCCAGAAUGAUGCGCAGUUUAGUGGAUAUAUACCGGCAUGAGGGCUAUCUGCCAGAUUGUCGCAUGUCUCUUUGCAAGGGUUGGACUCAGGGAGGCUCGAAUGCUGAUGUACUAAUCGCAGAAGCUUACUUGAAAGGCGUUGUUGAUGUCGAUUGGGAUACUGCCUACGAGGCCAUCGUGAAAGAUGCGGAAGUGGAACCUCAAAAUUGGGACGUGGAAGGUCGAGGUGGCCUCGAGAGCUGGAAGACCCUUGGAUACAUCCCAAAGAACGACGUCGACGCAGGAACCGAGGGCCUUCGAACGCGCAGUGUGUCACGCACCGUUGAGUACGCCUACAACGACUACUGUAUCGCCCUGAUGGCAGACGAGUUAGGGCAUACCAACGACCGCGACAAAUAUUUGAAGCGCUCCGGUAACUGGCGUAAUGUGUACAAGGCAGACCAAACAUCCGCGAUCAACGGCGUCGACACCAACUUUACCGGCUUUGUCCAGCCUCGUAACGCCGACGGCAGCUGGGCAUACCAGGAUCCGAUCUUUUGCAGCCCUCUUCUGAAUUUCGAAUCCUGCUAUUUGAACGAAGACGGCCACGAGACCUACGAAGGAAGUUGCUGGCUUUAUACAUUCUUUGUGCCGCAGGAUAUGGCCGCGUUGGUCAAAACCCUCGGAGGUGCAGAUGAAUUUGUGUCUCGCCUCUCUUACUUGCAUGACUCGGGUAUUCUCUAUCUCGGGGAUGAACAGGCCUUUUUAACGGUGUUCCAAUUCCACUAUGCCGGUCGACCUGCAGUGUCAGCGAAGCGGGCGCAUUCGUACAUCCCAUCACAAUUCAAUACUACCGUUGGAGGCAUUCCUGGCAAUGAUGACAGCGGCGCAAUGGGAUCAUUUGCUGUCUUCAGCAUGCUAGGUCUCUUCCCAGUUCACGGACAGGACGUUUACCUUAUCACUCCGCCGUUCUUCAAAGAUGUCAGCAUCCGCAACGAUAUCACGGGCAAGAUAGCGACUAUCCGGAACGUCAACUUCGAUUCAAGCUACAAGUCUAUCUAUAUCCAGAGUGCAACUCGCGACGGAAAUCCAUGGACGAAGAACUGGAUUGGGCACGACUUCUUUGAGAAAGGUGGUGUGUUGGAAUUGGAAUUGGGCGCAGAGGAGAGCGACUGGGGGACGCGAGUUGUAGAUUUACCGCCGAGCAUGUCGGAGUACGCAGAAGAUGCGCCAAAGGGUACACCAGACCUUUGA